CAGGGACACGCGUGGCGUGGCCGCCUCGGACAGACGGCGUGGCUCAGGAGGAGCGCCUCUUCGGACCCGGGCCUGGCUGGAGCGGGCUCCCCGAGCUGUCCUCGAUGCCUUCGGCCCUGGCCAUCUUCACUUGCCGGCCCAACUCGCACCCGUUCCAGGAGCGCCAUGUCUACCUGGACGAGCCCAUCAAGAUCGGGCGCUCGGUGGCUCGCUGUCGGCCCGCGCAGAACAACGCCACCUUCGACUGCAAGGUGCUGUCCAGGAACCACGCGCUCGUCUGGUUUGACCACAAGACGGGCAAGUUUUAUCUUCAAGACACUAAAAGUAGUAACGGUACCUUUAUAAAUAGCCAGAGAUUGAGUCGAGGAUCUGAAGAAAGUCCACCAUGUGAAAUUCUUUCUGGUGACAUUAUCCAGUUUGGUGUAGAUGUGACCGAAAACACACGGAAAGUUACCCAUGGAUGUAUUGUUUCCACAAUAAAACUUUUCCUACCAGAUGGGAUGGAAGCUCGACUACGGUCAGAUGUCAUCCAUGCUCCAUUACCAAGUCCUGUUGACAAAGUUGCUGCUAACACUCCAAGUAUGUACUCUCAGGAACUGUUCCAACUUUCACAGUAUCUACAGGAAGCCUUACAUCGGGAGCAGAUGUUGGAACAGAAGCUAGCCACUCUUCAGAGGUUAUUGGCCAUCACACAAGAGGCUUCUGAUACUAGUUGGCAGGCUUUAAUAGAUGAAGAUAGACUGUUAUCACGGUUAGAAGUUAUGGGAAACCAGUUACAAGUAUGUUCUAAAAAUCAGACAGAAGAUAGUUUAAGGAAAGAACUUGUAGCAUUACAGGAAGAUAAACACAACUAUGAGACGACAGCCAAAGAGUCCCUGAGGCGGGUCCUUCAGGAGAAAAUUGAAGUGGUCAGAAAACUCUCAGAAGUUGAGCGAAGUCUGAGUAAUACUGAAGAUGAAUGUACCCACCUGAAAGAAAUGAAUGAAAGGACUCAGGAAGAAUUAAGAGAAUUGGCUAAUAAAUAUAAUGGAGCCGUUAAUGAGAUUAAAGAUCUCUCUGACAAACUAAAGGCGGCUGAAGGAAGACAAGAAGAAAUCCAACAAAAGGGACAAGCAGAAAAAAAAGAAUUGCAACAUAAAAUUGAUGAAAUGGAAGAAAAAGAGCAGGAACUUCAAGCCAAAAUCGAAGCCUUGCAAGCUGACAAUGACUUCACCAAUGAACGGCUAAUGGCCCUGCAGGGCAUACAAGUUGAGGACCUCUUACCUAAAAUUAAUGGGAGCACAGAAAAAGACAAGCUCAUAGACGAAGGGCAUCUAACCAAAGUGGUCGAAGAAACAAAGCUUUCAAAAGAGAAUCAAGCGAAGGAAAAGGAGUGUGAUUUGUCUGAUACUCUUAGCCCGAGUAAGGAAAAGAGCAGUGACGACACCACAGACGCCCAGAUGGAUGACCAAGAUCUAAAUGAACCUCUUGCUAAAGUUUCUCUACUAAAAGAUGAAUUGCAGGGGGCCCAGUCUGAAACUGAGACAAAGCAAGACAUUCAGCAUCUUCACAAGGAGUUGAUUGAAGCUCAAGAGCUAGCUAGAUCGAGUAAACAAAAAUGCUCUGAACUUCAAGCUCUUUUGGAAGAAGAAAGAAAAGCCUAUCGAAUGCAGGUUGAGGAGUCUACAAAGCAAAUACAAGUUCUCCAAGCCCAGUUGCAGAAAUUACAUACCGAUAUGGAGAACCUUCGGGAAGAAAAGGAAAGUGAAAUCACGAGCACAAAGCACGAUUUGCUCAGUGCCCAGGAUGAAAUUCUGCUGCUUCAGCAAGUAGCAGACAAGGCUGCCUCAGAGCGGGACAUUGACAUCGCUUCCUUGCAAGUCGAGCUUCAGAAGGUUCGGGAGGAACUGGAGCGGUGGCGGAAGACAGCCUCCGAGUACGAGCAGGAGAUCCUCAGCUUGCAGUCCAGUUUUCAGCUCCGCUGCCAGCAGUGCGAAGACCAGCAGAAAGAGGAGUCCUCCAGGCUGCAAGGUGAGCUGGAGAAGUUGAGAAAAGACUGGAGUAUAUUAGAAGCAGAAUGUCAUUCUCUGAAAAAGGAAAAUGUUUCACUUUCAUCAGAACUUCAGCGACAGGAAAAAGAAUUGCAUAGCUCUCAAAAGCAGAGCUUGGAGCUCAGCAGUAACGUGAGUGUGCUGGAGAAGACCCGGAGAGAGCUGGAGAGCCAGGUGGGGUCCAUGCAGGAGCAGCACCAUCGGGACUCUGCCAGCUGGAAGACGCUGCUCAGUAAGGCUGAGAGCGAAGCCAGGGAGGUGCAGAAAGAGUAUGAAAGGACACAGUCUCAACUCUCCGAGCUGGAGGUGAAGUUUGAAAGGACCGAGCAGGAAAAACAAUCCAUCACCAAUGAGCUCAGACAAUGUCAAGACAGCCUGAAGCAGCUACAAGAAAAAGGAAACAAUAGACACUGGCCUUGGAUGCCCAUGUUGGCAGCUCUGGUAGCUGUGACAGCCGUAGUGUUGUAUGUACCAGGCCUAACCAGAGCUUCGCCAUGAGAACUUUGGUUGGUUCCGUACCCUGCCCUCCUCUUAGAAGCUGGCGGGGAGAACAGAUCCAUUUUCUUCCUUUUUACCUCUUAAUACAACAAAAGUGCAAGAAAAGGACAGUCGGGUCAUUGCUUUAAAUUGUAUAAAAUGUAUCUGUCUAUAAAGAGGGAAUAAAAUUGUGACUUUAUUCUACUGUAAGCAAUAAUUUGCUUGCAAUUUUUCAUGUAAUUUUUUUAAUUAGUAUGUUGAGAUUCUAAAUAUUAUGGUGGCCUAAAGUAGGCUUCUUGGUACCAAAUUAUUUAUAACAUUUAGGUCUAUGGCUAUUUUACUCUAGAUGCUGAUUGCCAGAUAAUUCAUUUUCUGAUUGGACACCCAAACCAGACAACUGAUAAAUACAUGGGAAAAGAGGCACUGUGUGCUCAGUGCCGAUCAUUUUGAAAUAAAUAUAUGCACAUAUAUUUUUUUUACAUAUUGACACCAUUUUUACUUGCUAUAAACCACUGAGCUAUUGGGAACAAGACUUAGAGACAACUUCUACUUCCAUAGAUUUUUCAAGGAAAAGACACAUUUGGAAAAGGUUCUUCUGUUUUAGCAGUGACUUGAGAAAUAUACAUGCUUUUGUGCAGCCUUAAAGUGACUUGAAGAUGUGGAUGGCAUCAACCUGGAAAAACUUUGUAAUGGUGUGUGUAUUUUCUUGAGUGAACUGAAGUAUUUCUGGGAGCAAAAAGUUAACCAUUUCACAACUACAGCAACAAGUAAACCAAACUAUUCAAUUGGAAUGUAAUUUAUUCAACUUUAUGCAUUCAAAGUAAAGAGAUCUUUACUUUUCAUCUACAACAUUUUAGGAAGCAUGGUUUUUUUUUUUUUUCCUCCUCACUUAUUCUUCCAAACAUUGCUUUAAAAAAAGAAAAAUGUGUCUUCUUUAGAUAAACUUUUAUUGACUUAACUUUGUUAUGAGAGUUUGGAGUGCAUCUAUAGCUAAUCGAUCUACUGGACGAGGUGAAUUUCUAUAAACCCAGGGAAUCUUAAGGUUAGGGAUGCAAAUGGCUUUUUUUUUUUUUUUUUUUUUUUUUUUUGUCUUUUUUUUUUUUUUAAACUGAGUAGUUUUGUUCAUGAGAAGCACUACUUCAGUUGGGAUCUUAUCAGUUAAACGCCCAAGCUACGAAGUGAGCUCGACGGUUAUGUCAAUAAAGUUUACUGAAGUCUCUCUAUUAUACUGAAGUAUUAACGGAGUGAAGGUUUUUUAGAAAAUGGAAAUGAGAAAAAUCUCACAGAAUUUGGCUUGGAUUCUCCAUGGCAAUCUACAGGUCUCGCCAAAUACUUAAAUAGGAGUUUAGCAUAUAAUUUGCCUUGUGAGGUUUUGGGGGUCAUUGUUUAUAUGUUAAAGGUUAUAUUUUAAGCUAUUGGGGAUUUGCUGUUGGGAGAACCAUUAGAUUUAUGGAAGAAUUAGUCCGCUGAUGACUUGUAGGAAAUAUCACCUUGUUCAUUUCACCAUUUUUCUGUUGCAGGAAGCUAUUCCCCCACAGAAUGCUCAUAUGCCAGUGGUACUCUGUACCUCUUGUAUAUAGGUUAUUGCAAAUAUUGUUCUGAAAUGCUUAACUUCAGAAUUACAUUUUUUAAAGUAAAUAAUUGUUUUAAAUCUAUUUUGUAAAGAUAUAAAGUACAAUAGAAUUUCUGGAAUACAGAUUAAACUAUUUGCACUAACACACGUGAUGUGCAUGAUUUAAUAAAAUAACUUUACUCUCCCUA